UACGACGCAGGGGCACCGCUUCUAGAAACUGGGGCACCGCUUGGGGUGAACAUGGUGCAGGCCGGCGCAGAGGGGCAGGACCUACUGGAAGAAUUUGCAGACGUUUUCGAAGAGAAGCUGGGGUGCUGCCAGGGCCCACCAGUAAAGCUGUACAGGAAGGAAGAUGCGCGACCCCGUUUUUGUAAGGCGAGGCCGGUGCCCUACGCGCUUCGCGACAAGGUGUCGGCGGAAAUCAACCGCCUGGAGAAGGACGGCGUGCUCUCGCCGGUCAGCGUGUCGGAAUGGGCUACACCUGUUGUUCCGGUGGCAAAGAAAAACGGCGAGAUACGACUGUGCGGGGAUUUUAAGUUGACGGUAAAUCCAGCUACACACCUGGAGCGAUACCCCUUGCCUAAAAUUGACGACAUUUUUGCGGCGUUAUAUGGGGGGGAACUCUUCACCACGCUGGACUUACGCAACGCGUACAAUCAGCUUCCUCUUGACGAAGAGGCUCGAAAGAUGACUGUGCUGAACACGCACCAAGGCUUGUACUGUUACAAUCGUCUGGCCUUCGGCAUUGCGUCCGCACCGGCUCUGUUUCAACGGCGCAUCGAGUCCCUCCUGCAAGGGCUCCCAAGGGUGCAAGUCUACUUGGAUGACAUCGUCAUCGCAGAAAAGAAACACGACACGUCGACACUCCGGCAGGUGCUGCAGCGGCUACGGGAAAACGGCCUGAAGUUAAACCGAGCCAAGUGCCGUAUCCGGGAGAAGCAAGUGUCCUUUUUGGGCCACAGAAUCGAUGCCCAAGGUCUUCAUCCGGAGCGGACCAACCUCGAGGCAGUGACCGAAGCUCCAAGACCGACCUCGAUGGCCACCCUGACUACGCGGGACAGCCUGCUUCGCCAAGUAAAAGCCUGGAUUUACGCCGGAUGGCCGUCGCACCUGCGCCCGGAGCAGCACCAGUUCCUACCGUACUUCAGCCGCAGAUCUACCCCUAUGAAAGAGGGCAAGUCGCCAGCCGAGUUGUUGUUAGGCUUCAGGCCCAGGACAAGGCUAACCGGCUUCUUCUCGAGGGGCGAGGAAGCGCAGCACAGCGUGGUCGAGCCGCAAGCCCCGGCCACGACACCACCGCCAUUUUCGCCAGGAAUGCCGGUCUGGUCACGCCAGUUCCAGCCGAGGCGGAGAUGGCUACCGGGGACUGUGGUCUCCAGUGAGGGUCGGCGCAUGGUCACGCUACGCACACCGGACGGCCAACAGAGACGGCACCUGGACCAGCUGCGACCUCGAGACGCUUCAGGGUCCCCGGAAGGCGCUGACAAGGCACGUCGAGUCGCCGGCCGGUCGGAGGUGGGAGCAAGGCCGCCCAGCACCGACGAAAGAGAGGUCGCCACCAACGGCGAUCCCGAGGUGACGCCCACAGCAGACCCGGUUCCUCUCAGGCGCUCUACGCGCCUGCGGAAGCCGCCGGACCGUUUGAACUUAUAGGGGGGAGGGGAUGCUGUAUCGCCGUACGGCUGCGUCACCGCAACCACGAGCGCCGCGUUCCAGCGCAUGCCCGUGCCGGACAUACGUCACCGGCGCGGGAGGUAAAAAGAGAGCGCUUGCCAAUAAACUACGUUUUCAUGUCCCGG